AUGUGUUUGCGGGAUAUGAGGCUGCAGCUGGACCCAAGCCAGAACCGUGUUGCACAACAAACUGUGACAUUAUUGUCACAGGGCAGGGUUCAUCAAAUUGAGUAUGCAAUGGAUGCUGUCAAGCCAGGUUUGGCUGUGGUUGGUCUGAAAUCAAAAACCCAUGCAAUGUUGGUUGCACUGAAGAGAGCACAAUCAGAGCUUACAGCUCCUCAGAAAAUAAUUCUCCAUGUUAACAACCAUAUUGGUAUCUCAACUGUGGGACUUACUUCUGAUGCCGGACUGUUAUGUAAUUUUAUGUGCCAGAAGUGUUUGGAUUCUGGGUUUGUAUUUGACAGAUAUCUUCCUGGGUCUCAUCUUGUAUCUCUAAUUAGAAGUAAGCUGGUUAUGAUGAUAUGGGCCCUCACAUUUUCCAAACCUGUCCAUCUGCCAACUAUUUUGACUGUAGAGCCAUGUCCAUGGCAGCCUGCUCUCAAUCAUCUCAUACUUACUUGGAGAGACAUAUGUCUGGGUUUAUGGAGUGCAAUUUGA